GCCUGCAGCCGGCAGCGUGAGACAGCCCAGAAGCCAGGUGUCCCCACAGCACCUCUACCAGCCUCGCCAUGAACCUGGAGCCGCCCAAAGCCGAAUUCCGGUCGGCCACCAGGGUGGUCGGAGGACCUGUCACCCCCAGGAAAGGGCCCCCCAAAUUUAAGCAGCGACAAACCAGGCAGUUCAAGAGCAAGCCCCCCAAGAAAGGCGUCCAAGGGUUUGGGGACGACAUCCCUGGAAUGGAAGGCCUGGGAACAGACAUCACGGUCAUCUGCCCUUGGGAGGCCUUCAACCACUUGGAGCUGCACGAGCUGGCCCAGUAUGGCAUCAUCUAGUGCCAGAGCCCUACCCAGGGUCCCAGGCCCCUCGCCCCCACUGCCCACUGCACUCUGAACCCUGCUCAGGAUUCUUGCCGAGGAGAUCCAACCCCCACAGCCCAGAUUGCACCUGGACACCAGGGUGGG